GUGUUCGGUAGCCACCCAUCAUGGCCGGUGAAUGAAUCGGCGACGGUAUCCACCUGCAGAAAACCUUCAGUCCACGUGUGUCCAGACCCAGAGAUCAAUUUGACCUGUUUAAGUAUAUUUGUAGGAUCAAACAUGAGGUGACGGGAUUUCAACAAGAGCAGUUGUGAUUGGUGUACAUUCCAUGAGAAGAAAACAAGAUGGCGUUGCACAAGCUGGAAUUAUUUGAAAAUAAUAUAGGUGUCAGCGAUGCUGUGCUGCUAGAACCAAUAGAAGAAGAGGGAUUUAUAGAAAACUUGAAAAAGAGGUUUCACCAUGAGCAGAUUUAUACCUACAUCGGGACAGUAGUCGUGUCAGUGAACCCAUACAGAAAACUCCCGCUGUACACAGAUGAUGUCAUAUUUGAAUACAAGAGUAGAAACAUAUACGAACUCCCGCCACAUGUUUACGCCAUAGCAGACGACGCGUAUAGGUCCAUGAGGGAUAAAAACCUGGAUCAGUGUAUCAUAAUAUCUGGAGAGAGUGGGGCUGGAAAGACAGAGGCCAGCAAGGUGAUUAUGCAGUAUGUGGCUGCAGUGUCAGGCAAGGGACAAGACAUAGACAAAGUAAAGGAACAGCUUCUACAGUCAAACCCAGUUCUAGAAGCAUUUGGAAAUGCCAAGACAAACAAGAAUGACAAUUCUUCAAGAUUUGGCAAAUAUAUGGACAUAGAAUUUGAUUACAAAGGGGACCCCAUUGGAGGCUUGAUCACAAAUUAUUUACUUGAAAAGGUAAGAAUGUAUAACAAUUUCCCUGUAGAGCAGUUUUUUGUAGAAGGACUGGCAUUUCUCACAGUGACUUUGACCGAGCUCUCUCAAGAAAUUAAAAAUAUAUGUUGUAAACCAUCUUUGUCCUCCUGGGCUAUUCCACUUCUUCAGAAAACUAUUAUGGUGCGUACACCAGGCAAGAAGAAAGUCAUGGGAGUUCUGGAUAUAUAUGGCUUUGAAAUAUUUGAAAGCAAUAGCUUUGAGCAGUUCAUUAUCAACUACUGCAAUGAGAAACUACAGCAGAUCUUUAUAGAGCUCACACUGAAGGAGGAACAGGAGGAGUAUAUCAGAGAGGGGAUAGAGUGGAUCCACGUUGACUACUUUGAUAAUUCUGUGAUCUGUGACCUCAUUGAGAAGAGUAACGUUGGAAUAUUGGCAAUGCUGGAUGAAGAAUGUUUGCGACCAGGCAACGUCACGGACACCACGUUCUUGAACAAGCUAAACCAGACGUGCUGUGAGCACCCACACUUUGAGAGCCGAGGCACAAAGAAGGCGCGCUCUGACAAGAGUCUACCGCAUGACUCAUUUAGGUUGAGACACUACGCAGGAGAGGUUGUGUACAAAGUGGAUGGUUUCCUGGAGAAAAACAAUGAUCUGUUGUUCAGAGAUUUGUCCCAGGCCAUGUACCAGUGUCAGCACUCGCUCUGCAAGGAUUUGUUUCCAGAAGGUGAUCCUGACAAGAUAUCUUUGAAGCGCCCCCCGACGGCCGGCUCCCAGUUCAAAGUGUCUGUGGCUGAGCUGAUGAAAAAUUUGCUCUCCAAGAAUCCAAAUUAUAUUCGCUGCAUCAAGCCCAAUGAACAGAAGAGGGCGCGUGUGUUUGAGGAACACUUAGUGAGACACCAGGUCAGAUAUCUGGGGUUGAUGGAAAAUGUCCGAGUAAGACGUGCAGGCUAUGCCUUCAGACAGCUUUACCCUCAGUUUGUAUAUCGCUACAAGAUGCUCUCCGCCGCAACAUGGCCCAACUGGUAUGGCGUCCCCAAAGAUGGCGUCAAGGAAAUCCUGAUCGCCCAAGACAUCUCCAGUGAUGAAUAUACCUUUGGCAAGACAAAACUGUUUGUGAGGAAUCCACGCACGCUAUUUGACCUUGAGGAGAGGCGGCGUGACAGAAUGCACUACCUGGCCACAGUGGUACAGAAGAUCUACAGAGGAUGGCACCAGAAGGAACUGUUCCAGAAGAUGAAGAGGAGCGAAAUCCUGAUAGCAAGUCAAUGGAGGGGAUAUAGGGAAAGGCAGAACUAUCUGCGAACAAGAAAGGCAAUCAUUACGAUGCAGUCAUACCAGAGAGGCUGGAAGGCUAGGCAAUUGGCCAAGAAAAUUCGUCGUGCAAAGUUAUGUCUGUGGGCUGUAGGUGUCAUAAGGAAAUACUUCCAAGGUUGGCAGGUACGAAGGGAGUACCGACGAAAAUUCCGCUCCCAUGCUGUCCCUAUCAUGAUCCGUUUUCUGCAAGUGUCACUGAAAAGGAAAUUUCUUCUUGACUUGUCCAAAAAGUUGCCUAGCCUGUCCCCCAUAGAUCAGAAGUGGCCGGAAUGCUCUAUGCUGCACAAAGAGGCCUCGGAGGAAAUACGGAAAAUACACCAUAGGUGGCGGUGUAAUAAAUACAGAGCAAAGUUCGAUGAUGCUGCCAAGUCCAAAAUGAGGGAGAAAGUGACAGCAAGUAAUAUUUUUAAAGGAAAGAAGGUCAAUUACCCAGAGAGUGUUGCUCACCCAUAUAAUGGGGACUACAUAAAAAUAAGAUACAAUACAAAAUGGCAGAAAGUGGCAUCACAGACAGGAGAUACGCAGGUGGUCUUUGCUGAUCAAGUCAGCAAAAUACACAGGUCAAAUGGAAAGAUGGCCAGUAAACUUCUGGUGGUCAGUACCAGUGCCUUACUAGUAGUGGAUCAGCGCUCUCUAGCAGUCAAAUAUAGAAUUCCUGUCAACAUGAUUGAAAAACUUUCCCUUAGUCCCUUCUCCGACACUCUGGUUGUUGUUCACGUCAAGAAGCAUGAAAAUGGAAAUAAAGAUGUAAAGAAAGGAGAUUUCAUCUUCAGUGUAGAUCAUGUCAUUGAACUGGUGGCGAAGUUAUACCUUGUGAUUCACAAUAGCUCUGGGGCCACGCCGGAUGUGAUCAUCUCUCCAACCUUCCAAGCAGAAUUAAGCGGGAAGUCUACGCAAAUGGCCUUCAAAGAAGCUAAUUCCGGAAACAACAUGGGAGGGGUGAAAAUUAGCAAGAAAAAUAACAGUUUUGAAAUCUUAGAAACUUAAUCUAGAUGCGAUGUCAAGUUCAUUAACUUAGCAUAGACAGAACUGGGUCAGUCUCCACAAGGAAAAUAUAAUGAAUUGGCUGGGCUUAGCCUUGUAAAUUCAGAUAGCCCACUACUUGAGGUGAACAGAGAUGGGAUUAGCCGCCCAAAUUUGGUUAGACCACUUCAUGAAGGGGACUAAGUAAGCAAUUAUAGCAGUCCGGGACUGUUUUAAAAUGAAUACGCCACUGAACUUAAUUUUUCAGAGAUGACUAGUAUCAUUACUGUAGAAAUAUGAGUCAAAACAAUUACAGUUUGGUGUGAGAGUUGAGUUUUUAGACUAAAAGAAGAAGGUACCUUGUAAGUGACCUUAAGAUUUUCUGUGAACCAUAAUUCUGUUAUAGAUGAUAAUUAUAAACACAAGCUGAAUAUAAUUAUCAUACCAUUAGCUUAUAACAACUCACCUCCGUCUGAAGAAGACCUAUGUCCAGGUUGACCCCAAGCUAACAGUAUGAAAUUAAUUUCAGCUUGUGCUUAAUAUCAUAUAUGACCCAACUACCAAGGUAAUGAAUGUUUUUGUUCAUAACUGAUUUGGUUUGAUGUUUUAGUUUCAAUAGUUACAUAGUUAAAAUUUUCAUAUGCAUCAUUCAUUCUGAUACGGUAUUUUACCAUUUCAAGAUUUAUCAUUUUUAUUGACUCACCAACAUAUACUCGGUGGUAUUCAACCAACUCACUUUGAAGAAUUUCUGAAUCCACUUUCAUGUUCUACUAACUAAAUGUUAUUUUGGGGGAAUAUUAGUAUUCUUGCACUGAAGAAACUAAAAAAGUUACAGCAAAGGGUCAAAGCUGUCAGACUUAAUAUUCUCCUCUGGUUUCAAAUUUUGAAGUAGUUUCAGAUUUUGGAUAGUUUGGGCAAAGUUUUGAGGGAGUUUCACCAAGCUUUUAUAUCAAAAUAUGUUCAGGCACUGGUUUUGAUUUUGAACUGUAAAAUUAUUGUCUAUUUUAGUGCAAGAAAUGUGUUAUAUAAACCCUUUCCAUCUAAACUGUCAUACAGCCACACUUAUUCUUUAUUCCAUAUUAGUUUUAACUCUGAGAUAUAAUCUUUUUUUGAGUAUUUUGCUUUUCAUCAUUUGUUUGUAAUUGUGAUACAGAACAUUACUGGUACAACUACUUCAACUCGGGACUUGGGACAAAACGUCCCAGCUAAAUCUCAAAACGUUUACUACGAAAUUAAACAUUGAAUGUUAGCCAUUCCAUAUAAGUAAUUCUACAGACAGCAGCGUCAACGAGAAAAGAAAUGUUUCUAGUAGUGACCACCGUAAGAUUCCUCAGAAAUGUGGCCUUUGAGCUUUCCUGCAGGUCAGUUCAUGGACAAUUUAGACAUACAAUCUGACCUCAUGCUUCCAUAUAUUUAUGGACAUUGUUUAAGUUAUGAUAGAUAGUUUAUAAAUUUCUAAUUUAUUCGUAUGGGUUUGACCACAAAAAAUCCACUCUGUCUAGGCCACCUGAAAAUCAAGAAAGCAUCACCUGUCAGUACCCUCUUUUAGAAUAGAUGUCAGCACGCAACAAGAUAAGCCAUACAAGAUGUACCAUUCUGAAAUUAAUAUUAAUAAGCAUGGCUAGUUAUUAAGAUAGUUUUAGUUUUCAAACAUUCAUCAGUGAUCACCAUGAUGCUAGAUAUUGAUUGUUCUGAUAAUUAUAAGUAGACCACUUAAACGUAAUAUUCUUUAAAAGAAAAUUAGUUGAAUCUGUUAAUAUAUUGUUAAGGAGUAUCUUUAUAUUGUGUUACUUAAAUAUAUAUUAUAUAUAUACUAGCAUAUACAAUACCAGUAGAUGUAGUAUAUGUAGACUUUGUACUAUCUCAGCGCACAUUCAUACGGAAGGUCUGGACCAAAUUAAGUGCACGUACUCAUGUAGCAUUUUACUGUGCUUGAAUCAACUACUUUCACAAGAGAACUUUAGGCUGACUGUUGGGUUUUAUAUAUUUUGACCCAAGUGAAAUUAGUAGAAGUCUAGUUAUAUUAAGUAAUAAGUCCAAUUUAGAGCAACAAAGACAUGGCAACUGUUUUAGACCAAAAGAUUUGGUCCAAAAGAAUGUUUGUAAAACUGAUCCUUGGUGAGUUUUGUAAAAAAAAGUUCAGGUAUUUAGAAUUUUUCUCACAAUGAAGUCCAGUCAAUAUUGCAUCAUUUGUGAGCAUAGGAAAUUUACACAAAACAAGCUCAACAAUUUUGGGAUUACUUGCUUUAUAGAGACAGUUUAGCUGAAGUGUAGUUUUUGGUAUUUGCAGUCUUAUGUACCAUGUUAUUGAUAUUGUUUUGAAAUAUUAAAACAUAUGCAUGUGCUUUUUAUUUUCAUGUUAAA